AUGAAUAAGGUACUCCUGUUUGCUUGGUUUUUGGCGUCGUCAUCGUUCUCUGUGCCAGGAUCCUUUGUCAUUGCGUGGGUCCAACACCAUGGCUUGGUUCACAGAUCAAGAGGGCUCCUCUUCGCGACCCCACCAUGGUCUGCACAAGAUGGCUCUGGCCAGUACUACUCGACGCGAUUGGUAGUGUCGAAUGUCAUUCCACAAGAAGAAGUGACGACUCUGUUGCAAUUGAUGGAACUGUCCACAACAGACCUUGCUCUUCCAAAUCGACAAGACGUGAUGUCUGUGAACAUUCCGUUGCCGGAUCUGCCUCCUGGCGUUACAGGGAGAGCCGCCAUUCUAGAGGUCCUAGUAACGACACAAGAGCAAUCUGACAUGGACGAUGAUUUGCGUCUAGAAAAAGAAGAAGAAUGGAAAGCUGCGAUUGGUCACUAUAUAGAUGAAGUUGCCUUUCAAGAAUACAAUCCAGAGUUGCCGUUGCGGCAACCCGUGCUGCUUUCCAUUGUCACCACUACUACAUGUAGUAGCGAACAACAACAAGAGAAGAAGGAUUACUCGGAACAACUCGUUUCGAUGAUCCAAACGCAAAUCCAGGACUAUGGAUUGGUGGAGGCUGUGGAUUGCCAUCAUGAAUAUCAUCACAAUCCUGACCAGAAAGACCCAUCAAUUAAUACGACAACAAUCCAACCCACUCUUCACUACCAAGUCGAUGGGGCCUGGGUGGUAGAUGAUGAUGAUCAUGACAACAACAAAUCAGAUGUUUGGGAUACAAGUUCCAUUUUGGUAUUUGACAAUCUACUGUCACAAGACAACUUGCGACAACGCUUGCUAGAUGUCGUCCUCGGUCGCAUCGUCGAGGAUGAUUCUACUACUGAAGCUUGGGACGAUGUGCAGCAUGGACCAGAUCCCAAACGGUGGCAAGAAGGCGGCUUGGUCGAUCUACCAACAACCACAACAACAAAUGAUGAUGAUGAUGGGAGUACUACUACUGUUCCAACAUCCUACGGAUUGACAGAGGAUGCGUUGGACGAAAUUUGUGCCGACGCGCCUCCUCCACUGCCCAUGCAACAAGUGGAAUGCAUACUCCAGCAACUAUUUCCAAACUUUAUUGUGACACGCCUCCCAGAGGCCGUCCUGGGAGCCAGUGUCACACCACUGACGGCCAAUGCACCAUCCUUUGGACAAUCCUUUGACUAUCAUAUUGACGCCGAUCCAUUCUUUGCUCCUCCGUCGCCGUGGACCGAUGUCUAUGGACGAUAUGCCAAUCGGGCACGAGGCAAACCACGGUUCGUGAGUUGUCUGUUCUAUCUCAAUGACGAAUGGAAGGUGGACGAAUGGGGGGCGCCCACACAAUGUCUCGAUGUCGCGACGGAAACACCCAUUGACAUUGCGCCCCAGUCGGGGAGAAUGCUAUUGAUGGAUCAAGACAUUACCCAUUCCGUUGUGGCACCCACGAGCGCGGCUGGGGCGCGUCCUCGUUAUUCACUCGUUUGGAAACUGAUUCUACAUCCCAAACAGCGCCAGCAAGAUAUGCGACAAUCGUUGUGUCAGCCAAACUGGCCGGAUGCCACUCGGAUUGGCAGUGCCAAUGAAUAA